AUGACGGCGAUUGCCCCUUCCACUUCCGCACUCCAAGACACUGACUUCUCCGCUCUUCGCCAUGUCGAUCCCUCGUACCACAGUAAACUUUCCUCAUCAUCAUCGAUACUUGGAAUCGCAAAAAGACGUGAAUUCGGCUCGAUCUAUGACCCUCGCGGCAAGAUCAAUCCCAUGCUGCCCUUUUCUGGCCCCCCGAUCCUCAAAUAA